CAGUGUCUUGUGGCUGCUCUCCCAGGCUCUCAGGAUGGUUUCGAGGAAGGUGGUGGCCAGUUUGCUGCUGGUGUCCCUGCUGUCUGUGCUGGCUGAGCAGACCCAAGGCUUCAUGCCCUUUUUCACCCAGAGCGACUUCCAGAAAAUGCAGCUGCAGGAAAAGGAGAGGAACAAGGCAGGGCAGAAGAAGUCCCUGAGCUCACUGCAGCAGCUGGAGGAGGAAGGUUUCUCUGAGCAAUCUGGCGUGGAUGUCAACGCAGCCAAGACCCUCCAGCAGGCCCCUCCUGUCAGAGCUUGGCUCACCCCAAGGCAGCUGGAAAAAUACCAAGAUGUCCUGGAGAAACUGCUGGCAGAGCUGUUACAGGACACCCCAGACGCUGACUGAUAUCUGCAGGAUCAGAAGAGAAAGCGUUGGAGCUGCUCAAGCUGAAAGACUCCACUUAUGUAAACGAAAUCUGUGAGAGAGAUUAACAAAAUCUGAGGUGAGAUAAUAAAUGUGCAGCGUAAUUAAAAGGAGGAUUUGUGUCUUC